AUACUAUUUUUGAGAAUGAACAUGGUGUGAGGAAGAAUAUAGCAAAAACGCUCCUUGAUAAAUACAAAACGGCAAGUAAACUUUUUUUUGCGGGUAGAACUAGUUUCUACUCUCGCAGGAGAUUUCACAACAGUCUUAGUGGCGUGACACGAACCUACUUGGUUGCUUGUCAUUCAAGGCUAAUCGCUGAGCCACAAAACUGGUGGCCUACUUGGUUGUCUGAUGUUCCGGAACCUAAAACCGAUCGUCAAACAGCAAGAAAGUGGGAGAAAGAACGAUCACGAAGGCAAGUUCAUAUUAACCAGCCAAUAAUUGCGGACAUCCAUGGGAAUGGGAAUAUAACCGGGAAUAUAGGGGAUGUCAAUGGCGGAACUUCUAAUAUAAUUAUGAAUAAAAGAGAUCAAGAAGAGGACGAUGAGAAACAAACAAAGCGAGUUCGUUUUAAUGAAGUAAAGUUAAAAAAGAAAUUAUCAAAAAGGGUCGCACCUGAGGAAACUCUCGAUUCUAUACUUAGUAGUCAAAAAAAAUGGAUUCUGCCCUCUGGGGAAAAUGUUGGUGACAUUAUUGCCAGAAACGUAUCUGCGAAUGCAAAAGCAAUUCAAAAAAAGAAGAAAACAUCAGCAAUAGAAAAAGCCACAUUACGUUACGGAUCAUCACGAAUAAUUGAUUUAUCAACAAGUAUGAAGGAUUGGUUCUCUGUUGAUGACAGGAAAUUCAUGAUUAAAAAUCACAAUGCUAUAUUACAAGUUCCUCGCAUGGCAGAUGAAGAAAUCUCAUUUGUAACUACAGUUGAGAAUUUGGUAUUUGAAGAAAAAGCGAAUGAGGCGUACAAGUUAUGUAUCGAGACGCACUUUAAUUCCAAGGAGAACAGCUACUUGUACAAACUUAGUAAAAUAUAUUGUGACUUAUGCAAAAAUCAGAAUGAUAUGUUGGAUUUUGGGCACACAGAAAUCGACAUAAUUAUGAAGUUAUUAACACCAUACUUUAUGCAUCAAAGGGGCGAGUCUUUUUGUCCAUUAACUAGAAGUAUAGAAUACAUCAAGGGUCGCAAAUGUGAUGUACGAUUUUUAUCAACAUCAGGAGUAGAUUUAGGAGAGUGGGAGUUCGCGUCAAUCUUAACAGCACAAAAGGCGAUUCGUGACCGUUGCCGAUCUGCUCGCAUAAACCAGUCGAUUUUAAAUGGCUUGUUAAAUCGUAACCUGAAUGAUGAACAGGCGAAAAAAAUCAAUGUUCCUUUUUUGCAGGUUGCCGGUACGAGUGGUCAAAUGUUGGUUGAAGAUCUAGUUGAGGGGUUUUAUGUUGUCUUUCCCGGAUCGACAUUUGAAUUUCCCACAAAACUGCAACAUAUCGAAAAUCUAAAGUUGGCUGUUAAUAUUAUCAAGUUUGUUAUGGAAAAGUACAACCAAACAAACAAGAUAGUGGAAAGUAAAGUAAGUACACAUAAUGCGCUUGAUGAUAUUUUCAGCAACAAUAGCGAUCCUGUGAAUAAACAUGUCCAUUGUAAAUCUGAAUAUAUUUUUAAACCAUGGUGGACGCCGAAAAGUAAUAAGUCAUAA